GCCGGUGUUGUUGGGGACAGUCAUUUUGGCGGUAUUUCGUGUCGUGAUGGUGUUGGGGAAGGGGAAUCUAGUCUAGGACUUGCGACCGGGUGGAAGUAAGGGAACGCGAAGGGAGGAGUGUCUGGAGGAAGGAAGACACGGAGGGGCAGGCGGUGGGAUUUAAUAUGGCGGAGAGGUUUGGGAACGCGGGAAAAAACGUGCACGACGCUACGACACUCCCAAAUCCGUUCUCCGAAGCUGCGCUAAUCGUCUUUGUAGCACGCCAUCUUGUGUCUCGCGGCACUUCGACCGCCGCUACCCAGCCAACCACGGCCGCUCCCCACACACGUCUUGACCGCCCGCCGGCAGAAUAGCCCCGUCCCGCGCUCCUCGAGAUUUCUUCCCCCAGAUGACGCGCAGCAGCGCCCAACCGCGACCAUGAGCAAAUUCGGGACCCUGGUUAUGGGCCCAGCCGGCGCCGGCAAAUCCACCUUCUGCACCGCCCUCAUCCAGCACCUCCAGAACAACAAGCGCCCAUGCUUCUACGUGAACCUCGACCCGGCCGCCGAGGAUUUCGCCUUCGAGCCCGACCUCGACAUCAAGGACCUGAUCAGCCUCGAGGAUGUCAUGGACGAGAUGAGCCUGGGGCCCAACGGCGGCCUGAUAUACUGCUUCGAGUUCCUCAUGGAGAACCUCGACUUUUUGACCGACCCGCUCGAAGACGUCACCGAGGACUACCUCAUCGUCUUCGACAUGCCCGGCCAGAUCGAGUUGUACACGCACGUCCCCAUCCUCCCGGAUCUGGUCAAGGUGCUCAUGACGGGCUCGCUGAACAUCCGCAUGUGCGCUGCGUACCUGCUCGAGGCCACCUUCGUCAUCGACCGCCCCAAGUUCUUCUCAGGCACGCUGUCAGCCAUGAGCGCUAUGAUGAUGCUGGAAAUGCCCCACAUCAACAUCCUGAGCAAAAUGGACUUGGUCAAGGGCCAGGUUGCGAAGCGCGAUCUGAAGCGCUUUGUCGACGUCGACGCAGACCUCAUAGACGACGACCCUUCGCGCCAGACGACAGACACGGAGAACAGGCAAUACAGGGACCCGGCGUCCAAGGAGAGCCUCAUGAACGGCGCCUCCUUCCACAAGCUGAACAAGGCGAUUGCUGAGCUCAUCGAUGGCUUCAGCAUGGUCUCCUUCCUCAAGCUCGAUGUGCAAGACGAACACAGCCUUGGCGCAGUGCUGAGCUACAUUGACGACGCUAUCCAGUUCCACGAAGCGCAGGAGCCAAGGGAGCCAAAGGAUGAGGAUCCAGGGACGGAGGAAUAGGAAAGCAUUUCAGUUGUAUCUGCAUGGUUGGCGUUUGGUUUAGCAUUUGAAGGCGUUGAUCCAUGUCGAUCCCGGUCGAUGUUGGUAAGCAGAGUGUUGUAGACACGAUAUGCGAUGAAGAUAGAGACGAGACACGAUACCCAGUUUCAAAAUAUUCAGUUUAAAAGGCAUUUGAUUACAUUUAUGAAUGAGACUCAUUGCAGACAUGAAGCUGCUCACCUCAUUACUGGCAAACCAAAUAAUUACCUGUCAUGAU